AUGGGGAUCGCCUUCUGUGACGGCAGAUAUGACCCUGGCAUCUUCCAACAGGGGGGCACUUGCCUGUUGUUUGGAGACGAGCACAAGGCUCUGGUGGAGAUGGAGCGGCUGGUGAGGGAGCACAUCGGCUGCAGGGUGGCGCACGGAUCGAGGUACUACCGGGCUGAGGGACACCAUCAGCAGUCAUUCAACACGCAGCCCAUCCAGGAGAAGUGCAGGGCAACCAAGGAGCUGAUCGCUGAUCUGGAGCUGAUGGCCAAUGCAGACUACUUUGUGGGGUCGAGCACCAGCGGUGUUCCAGGGGUUGUGGCCGCCAUGCGGCUGGUGUUGUACAAAAAGUCACAAGUCACAAUGGCGGACGUGACAUACAAUGACAUGGGGUCGAAGCUGCGGCGCUACUGGGGAAUGGGCGGUUUCCAGAAUGUCACAGUGGACACUGUCGCUGAAGGAGUGGGGAGUAUACGAAGAAAACGUGUGCAUGCAUGA